AUGCCGGUGGAGUUAAGGGGCCAGUUUGAAUAUUGGUAUCACAAUCAAACUAACGUAGUGAGAUGGGGCAAUUCUCUCUCUUCUCCAUAUGUUGCGGAAUGUGGAGUUAGGCAGGGGGGAUUAACUUCGCCAAAACUUUUUAAUCUGUACAUAAAUGCAUUGAUCGGUGAGCUUAGCAGCACUCAUGUGGGAUGCUAUAUAGAUGGAGUAUGUCUCAAUAAUAUUAGUUAUGCCGAUGACAUGUUGCUGCUGGCACCAUCGAUCAGUGCACUUAGAAAAUUGAUUGGGGUUUGUGAAGACUAUGCCGCCUCGCAUGGAUUGAUGUACAACGUCAAAAAGACUGAGUAUAUGGUCUUUGGGGUCGCCGGUAAGAAGAGUCCUAACAAUGUGCUUCCCAUAACUCUCAAUGGAAUUCCAUUGAACAGAGUAGCUCAUUUCAAAUAUUUAGGACACUUUAUUGCCGACGACCUCAAGGACAAUAUGAAUAUAGAACGCGAGCGCAGGGCACUGUCGGUGAGGGCGAACAUGCUGGCUCGCAGGUUUGCUCGAUGUACGGUGGAGGUGAAGGUCACUAUUUUCAGAGCUUACUGCACACCACUGUACGCGGGGGCUCUGUGGGCUAGCUAUACCCAAGUCUCGCUCAGGGCCAUGCGCACGCAAUACAAUAACGCCUUCAGGACGCUGAUGCGGCUGCCGCGGUUUUGCAGUGCGUCUGCCAUUUUUGCUGAAGCCCGUGUGGAUAGCUUCAUGGCAGUCUUGCGCAAAAGAUCAGCAUCUCUGUUGAACAGAAUACGUGGCAGCGGUAACAGCCUCCUGAAGACAAUUGCAGUUAGGUUUUAUAAUAACGUAAAAGUUAGUGCCGAUAGAAGGUGCAGCGGCAACGGCGGCGGUGGCGGAGGCAGCAGCGGCAACGCGGUGCGGCACAGCCAGCGGUGGCGGUGUAACCGGUCGCAGAUCAUCAAAUUGUCCCAGAAACACGAACAGGGAAUGGAAGCCCAUUAA